GCGACCGGAAGAGACCAGACACAUGUUGGAGGUUUGGUCCGCACUGCGCAGCCGCAAUGGAAUGGGCCCUCCUGUUCGCCGUAGUCAUGUGAUCAGACCCGGAAACGGACAGAGCAGCACGCUGUUGACUUCUACAGCACCAGAACCAGGUGGUACGGUGAAGGUGGGCUUCUCUCAUCACGCAUCUUCAGCGGGAUUACUCUGCGUGGGCAUGGAGGAGGUCACGUGCGUUCCUGGACAGUUUGAUGACGCUGAGGAGGACAGGGACCAAUCAGAGGCUUCAGUGCAGCCAACCCUCAUCGAUGAUGUCACUGCGCAGCAGGUGGACAGUGAUGAGGAGGAGGAUGAAGAUGAUGAAGAGGACUGGGCGUGGUAUUCUGCUGCAGAUCUGACCAGCAGAUUAAACCGGAGCGGCCUCAACUCCCAGGCAAACAGACAGAACCCGUCCAAUAAGAUGAUCUCGUCCUCGACCCCGUCUGACAAAGCUUUGAGGAAAUAUGAACACAAAAUCAACCUAGAUAAACUGAACUAUGCAGACUCUGUGAUCAAUAAAGUCACUGUCAUGCAGAGGCAGAAAGAAGCCGACACGUACAGAGUAAAGGACAAAUCGGACCGAGCUACUGUGGAGCAGGUUUUAGAUCCACGAACUCGAAUGAUUCUCUUCAAGAUGUUGAGUCGAGGAAUCAUCUCUGAGAUCUACGGCUGCAUUAGCACAGGAAAGGAGGCCAACGUCUACCACGCCAUCACGUCGUCAGGAGAAAGCAGAGCCAUCAAGAUCUACAAGACGUCUAUCCUGCUCUUCAAGGAUCGGGACAAAUAUGUCAGCGGGGAGUUCAGGUUCCGCCACGGCUACUGUAAAGGGAACCCCAGGAAGAUGGUGAGAACGUGGGCAGAGAAAGAAAUGAGGAACCUCAUCAGGUUGCAGAUGGCCGGAAUCCCAAGUCCAGAACCGCUGCUGCUCAGAAGUCAUGUUCUGCUGAUGGGCUUCAUUGGAAAGGACAACAUGCCAGCUCCUCUGCUGAAGAACGCGGCGCUGUCGGAGUCUAAGGCCCGGGAGCUGUACCUGCAGGUGGUCCAGAACAUGAGAAAGAUGUUCCAGGAGGCCCGGCUGGUCCACGCGGACCUCAGCGAGUUCAACAUGCUGUACCACGACGGCGAUGCCUACAUCAUUGACGUGUCGCAGUCGGUGGAGCACGACCACCCGCAUGCUCUUGAGUUUCUCCGGAAAGACUGCAGCAACGUCAACGAGUUCUUUGUGAAGCACGGUGUCGCCGCCAUGACAGUUCGCGAGCUGUUUGACUUCAUAACCGAUCCGUCCAUCACCUCCCAGAACAUGGACCGGUACCUGGAGAAGGCAAUGGAGAUGGCGGCUGAGCGGACCUCAGAGCAGCGAUCGGACCAGAACCGUGUGGAUGAGGAGGUGUUCAAGAGGGCCUACAUCCCACGCACGCUGACGGAGGUCAGCCACUACGAGCGCGACGUGGAGAUGAUGAGGGCGGCGCUGGACGAGCCAUCUGCUGGAUCGCAGAAUGACCAGGUUCUGUACCAGACGCUGACUGGGCUGAAGAAGGAUCUGUCCGGCGUCCAGACGGUUCCUGCGCUGCUGGAGGACGAGCACUCUUCAUCAGAGGAAGAGGAGGAAGAAGAAGAGGAGGAUGAGGAGGCAGAAGAGAAGUCUGAGGAAACCCCAAUGGACAAGAAGGAGAGGAAGAAGAUGGUGAAGGAGGCUCAGAGAGAGAAGAGGAAGAACAAAGUGCCAAAGCAUGUGAAGAAGAGGAGGGACAAGGUGGCCAAGAUAAAGAAAGGCAAAUGAGUCUGAACCAAACCAGCCCACCUGUCCUGGACCGACCCAGCUGUACGUGCACGCCUGCGGGUCAGCUGACUGGAAGUGUGAUGCUUUAAAGACUGAAAUAACACUUUCAGUGUUCCAGUGCGAUGUUUCAGCUGGUUCUCCAGCUUGAACGGGUCAGGACUGUUCUCUAGAUCAGAACGGGAUGAUUAAUGCAAAAAACUGCAUUUAUUAAAAAUAUUGUGUUAAAGGAAUACGAGACGUUUUCCAUUGAAAAAUAAUAGAGCUGCUUGAUUAAAAACAUUAGAAAAUAUCACAUUGCCUGAUCCCCAACAGACAAAUGACUAAACUAAGAAAAGUGAUCACAGCUGUGCCUCAGUGACUGACAGCAUCUUUCUAUACAGUAUUUCUGCUUUAUCUUUUGAAGUGUAUUUACUUCAGCAUGUCUGGUCCCUGGAGGGGAGGUGUUGUGGUGGUUCUGCAGGUGACAAGUCUUGGGAGAAGUGACAACUGACAGUCCUUUUGUCUGCCUUCAUGUACAUCUAAUAAACUGGAGACAUUUUCUUUCUGUUUAAAGACCUCCUGGUUCUGUAUUAAAGUUCCACUCCAAUCAUUUUUGAUCUAUUGUAAAAUCGUUCCCAGUGGUAUUUUAAUUGUGAUUAUGCUGGUUGUUUUAAUCCCUAAAUCAAAAAACUGGUGUUCUUUUCUA